AUGGGUAGAAAGCAGCAGCAGUACACCCUGAACGUUGAGCAAAAUUCAGGGGAACAGUUAUUAAGAAAUCCGUACUGUUCGACUGAGGGAGCGCAAUGUGGCUGUAGAUCCCACCAUGUGACUUGUGAGCUGCAUUCGGUUAAAGAAAACUCAUGUUCACUCUGGAAAAUAUUUGUAAUGUGUCUGUUGGCUUGUCUAGUUGCCACAGCCAUUACAGCUCUGGCCUUUUAUUUUGGCCGCUUUGGCAACCCCACCAAUACCACCAUCAUCAUUCGCACGGAUGGAGGGUCCAGUCAGGAUUCCUGCACCACUGCUUCGACACCAUCUCUGACUUCAUCACCUGCACCUGGACCUGAGACCACUCCGUCUGCGACUACUAUAACGACCCCAGACUCAACUCCCUCCCCACCUACACCUACUACAGAGAUGGCUAAUACUACCAUAGAACAUGAAGUUGAAAUUGAAUAUGAUUAG